UGCAGGAGCUGCCCUGUACCGGCGCCUCAAGGACUACCUGCUGACGGAGGAGCAGCUCAAGGAGAACGGGUACCCGAUGCCUCACCCCGACAAGGCCGGCCGUGCCGUCCUCUUCACUGCAGAGGAGAAGAAAGUGCUCGACUCCUCCUGCAGGAUUUGCUGUCGCUGUGGCACCGAGUACAUGGUCUCAGCCUCGGGGAGCUGCAUCCGCAAGGAGGAGUGUGUCCAUCACUGGGGGAGGCUGCGCAAGCAGAGAGUGCCAGGUGGAUGGGAAACUCACUACAGCUGCUGCUCUGGAGCUGUGGGGUCACCAGGCUGCCAGGUUGCUAAACAACACGUCCAUGACGGGAGGAAGGAGAGCCUGGAUGGCUUUGUGAAGACUUUUGAGAAGCUGCCUACAACUGAUGGGUACCCUGGGAUCUACGCCUUAGACUGUGAAAUGUGCUACACGAAGCAAGGGCUGGAGCUGACGAGAGUGACGGUGAUCAACUCGGACCUGAAAGUGGUGUACGACACCUUCGUCAAACCGGACUCCAAGGUGGUGGAUUAUAACACCAGAUUCUCAGGUGUGACAGAGGAGGACCUGGAGAACACGAGCAUCACCCUGCGGGACGUGCAGGCCGUGCUGCUGAACAUGUUCAGUGCAGACACCAUCCUGAUAGGGCACAGCUUGGAAAGCGACUUAUUUGCACUAAAGCUGAUCCACGGCACCGUGGUGGACACUGCCAUCGUGUUCCCCCACCGCCUGGGGCUGCCCUACAAGCGGGCCCUGCGCACGCUGAUGGCCGACUACCUCAAGCGCAUCAUCCAGGACAACGUGGAAGGGCACGACUCCAGCGAGGACGCCCGGGCCUGCAUGGAGCUGAUGGUGUGGAAGAUCAAGGAGGACGCGAAGGUGAAGCGAUGAUGGCUCGGCCUGGUCCCUCCUGCGCCUCCCUGAAGCAGUGCAAUAAUUGCUCAGAGUAACACACUGUCCACCCCUGCACAGCAGCAUGCUCAGCUCCCCCUCAGCACCCCUGGGCUGC